GUGAUGGCUGAUUCAAACAUGAAAGGCAUGCAGUACAAGUCAGCAAAGUCAAUGCAAAUGUAUUGCAUGUUUUGUGUGUGUGAACGCUCAUGGAGGUGUGUCUUCUGUGAGUCCCUGCUAUCACACACUGUUUAUAAGGAGCAGUGUGUGAGUGUGUGCAGCUUGAGUCUGCUCUCAAAAGAAGCCCGAGUGUCUUUUCUCUCAUUCUUUACAGACCUGAACAUGAUGCUCCUCAACACCGUUUCCCUCACCGCCAUCUUGCUCACUCUCUCAGGUUUGAAAGCUCUUGUGUUGACUCAGGAGAAGGUGAUAUCUGUUCAGGCUGGGCAAAAUGUGAAGAUUCUCUGUUCACCCAGUACGAGUAGCUGGGCCAUAACAUGGUACCAACAAAAACCAGGAAAAGCUCCAACCUUCUUGCUCUAUGAUAGCAUCAGAGCAAGUGGACUGCCCAGUCGAUUUACUUACAGUGAAUCUGGAUCACAAGAAUAUCUGCAUAUUAACGGUGUUGAGGCUGAAGAUGAAGCCGUCUAUUACUGUGCUUGCCCCAGCUGUGUGGUAACCGGCACGGUCGGCGGAGGCACUGAAGUGUCUUUCGCUAUUUCAUCUCCUCCGUCCCUCGUUCUGCUGGCUCCCUCUCAGUCUCUCUCCUCAGGUGAUGAAGUCAGGGUGGUUUGUCUGGCGCAGGGUUUCCGUCCUGACAGCGCCACCCUGUCCUGGUCUGAUAACGGCGACGCCGUAGCGGGUGCAGAGGUGCAGACGAGCUCGUCCGAGCGUCAGUCUGACGGCACCUUCAUCCAAAGCAGCAUGCUGAAACUCAGCCCAGAGCGCUGGAGCUCCGGACGAACCUACACGUGCCACCUGAACCACCCGGCUCUGUCAGCACCGCUGAGUCAGAGCGCCAGCGCUGAAAAGUGCAGCUAGACGGCUGGAGAAAUGGACGUGCUGCACGUGUAGUAACGUGGUCAUGGGCAUGGAGAGGGGAGAAAGUGAUUCAAUCAUACGUUUUCUGAACAGCUGCUUUUGCUUCAUGUCUCAGUGUUUUCUACUCUGAGGUUUGCUGUGUUUCUGCUUGUUUUUAGAGACCAUGUGGAAUAUUUCAUGUUCCUGUAGAUGCUUUGCUAAUCACAACAGUUUUCCCCCAAUAAAAUGAUGAUGAGAAAAUGGUGUAUGGAACUCAUUAAGACAUAUUUGAACAUGGAUUCAAUUAUUUAGUUUAAGCUCAUAUAUUAAAAGAAAAUAAAUAAACUUACUGAUAAAUUGUUUUAUUUUAACUUCAUUUCAACUUUGAACUUAAGGUCAACCUAUCAACGUCAAGACUUUGGAAAACAACACUGAAUUAACAGAUUGCAAAAAUAAAAUUCUCAAUAAGGGAUGGGAAAAAAAGUUUUACAAAAUGUAUGCAUUACUUUAUGCAGUACAUACAGUAUUAUUGAUAAUUACUGAUAUUUCUUUUUUAAGUCUCAUUUUAUGGAGAUUACAGUUAAAAAAAAUAAUUAUAUUCAGUAUUUAAUCCUUACACAAUUUCCGUAAACCCACACCCACACACGUUGUUGUUCACCUUGAACAGGACAAAUAUGUAUAUAAUGUUCAUUAGUGGUGUUUCCUUUACUGAAGAUGAAUCUUUAUUUCAUUCUAUGGUGUAAUAUUUUUAUGUUCCAGGAGAGAUUUAUCAAAGUCUCCUUCUGGAAUCCCAAGAGAUCGAAUUUACAUACAGUUUCUGUUUAAGUUCCUUUUUUUAAAUGAGCUCCUCUCCUCAGGUUUCAGUCUUUCUCUCACUUCUUUCUUUAGUAAGUAAAGAUUAAACACUUGGGGGUGUGCUGUUUUAGGCAAAUAAUCAAUGAUCUUGUUUGGUGAUGAAGUCUGAGGAACAUGAACAUGAGGCAGACUUACUACUAUUACUCUGAAAUCGAUUCUUUUCCAAUAACAGCAUGUCUGAAAAUAUUUUAUUCCUCUUAUUUUACAGCAGUUUGCCAAUGAUUCAUGUAUUAACCAGUCACACUUGAUUUUUAUCUAUUUAUAGUUACAGUUAAUGUUGUGGAACAUUUGCGAGACAACCUACAGCUUUUAUUUAUGUUACAGCAGCUAUAAACGCUCGUUCCCUCACCGGUAUCUAUUUUAUCUCAGUUCUUGCAGUUAAUAAGACAAAAGCCUGAAA